CGCUCACAAUAAACACACACACAAACACACACAGAGAUGCUUCUGCCCGCGCCUGCAGAAAAUUUAAUAUAUUUGCAAAACAUUUAGACUUGUUUUCAUUCGUCUAUUACCGUUAAGUAUCGCUUUCUUGAACACGAUCUAAAUCGGCACAUUCGCAUGGCCGCUACGCGUUAGCCGCUUACACCUUAUCGGUCCGAGUCAGAAAGCUCCUCUAUCGGGCAGUAGCUCACUCGAGCCCGAGGAUCCUGUGGCCUUCUGGGCGGAUAACAGCAGCGCAGGACAGAAUGUCAGAUUCUGAUAGCGAUGAGGAUCAAGACCGUCCUUUCCAUCUGACAGGAUUUCUGUUUGGCAACAUCAAUGAAAAUGGACAGCUGGAGGGCGAUAGUGUGCUUGAUACGGAGUCAAAGAAGCACCUGGCUGGUCUGGGCUCUCUGGGUUUGGGUUCACUCAUUACAGAGAUUACAGCCAGUGAAGAGGACACAGCUGACCAAGAGCAAGACCAGAGCAAUACUGAUGCAGAAGGAUGGGUAAGGAGCACAGAUGAUGCCGUUGAUUACUCCGAUAUCAGUGAAGUUGCAGAGGAUGAAACCCGCAAAUACAGGCAGGCUAUGGGUAACCUUCAGCCAGGACGAAGGACAGAUGAAGAAGAUGACUAUGAUGCUGAUUGUGAAGAUGUUGAUGCCAAACUCAUGCCGCCUCCCCCUCCUCCUAUCCUGUCAAUCCCUGCCAAGAAAGAGGAAACGCCUGCUCAGAACAGCAGUGUUGUAAGUGAGGAAGCUGACGGUAUCAUCCUGCCUUCUAUUAUCGUUCCAUCAUCUGUGGGUGAUAAAGUUGAUUUCAGCAGUUCAUCAGACAGUGAGAGCGAGAGUGAUCGACCAUCUCAGGGUUCAGGGACAGGAGGACAGACAGGAUGUCUCACUCUCCCUCUUGCAGGCAUCAUGCAGAAAGAUGCUGCUAAAGCUCUGCCUGGAGUCACAGAACUCUUCCCUGAGUUCCGACCUGGAAGGGUUUUGCGAUUCUUGCGAUUGUUUGGUCCGGGUAAAAACAUGCCAUCUGUGUGGCGAAGUGCGCGCAGGAAGCGCAAACGUAAGCAGAAAGAACCGCAGACGGACACGGCCACAGGUGACAACGAAUCAAACGCACCUGACGGAGGGGCUAAGAGAAAAUCAGGGUGGGAUUAUGAAUAUGCACCUCCUCCCCCACCAGAGCAGUGUCUGUCUGAUGAUGAGAUCACUAUGAUGGCUCCAGUGGAGUCUAAGUUUUCGCAGGCGUCUGGUGAAGGUGAUAAAGUGUCCGAGGUGAGGCCAAAGAUGGCGGAGUGGCGAUACGGUCCAGCACAGCUUUGGUAUGACAUGCUUGGCAUCCCGGAGGAUGGGAGUAGCUUCCAUUAUGGUUUUAAACUCAAAGAAGAGCAACAGCAGGACAAUAUUGAUGCAGCGACAAAAACUACAACAAACACACCAGCGUCUGAACCUGUCAGUGAGCAGGAACUACAAGAAUCACAUGCUGAGGAUGGAGAUGAGGACAAACAGAUACGGGAUGAGUUGUUUUUAAUGGUGACCCAGCUGCAGUGGGAGGAUGACAUCAUCUGGAAUGGAGAGGAUGUGAAGAACAAGGGCACUAAGACCCAGCGUGCCAGCCUGGCUGGGUGGCUGCCAACUAGUAUGACCCGUAAUGCCAAUGCAUACAAUGCUCAACAGGGUCUAAGUCGCAGUAAUUCUCAGCUAUUGCCACCGACCCCUCCCCCUCUAGUCAAAACUCCAUCCAUAACAGGCUCUAAACGAGACAAGCAUAACCAUGAUCAUCAAGUGUCUCAUGAGGAUGACACCCCAUGGUUCUCCAUAUUUCCAAUUGAUAAUGAGGAGCUUGUGUAUGGACGUUGGGAGGACAACAUUAUCUGGGAUGACCAGAACAUGGACCGUCUACCUUCUCCACCCAUCCUCACCCUUGACCCUAAUGAUGAGAACAUCAUACUCGAAAUCCCAGAUGAAAAAGAGGAGCGAGCCUCUCAUUCACCCUCCAAAGAGAACAAGAAAGAGACAGCACUGAAAAAAAGUCGCAUUCUGCUUGGAAAGACGGGUGUUAUUAAAGACGAACCUCAACAGAAUAUGUCCCAGCCAGAGAUUAAAGAUCCCUGGAAUUUGUCCAAUGAUGAGUUCUACUAUCCCAAACAGCAGGGGCUCAGGGGCACCUUUGGAGGAAAUAUCAUCCAGCACUCCAUACCUGCUGUUGAGUUGAGACAGCCAUUUUUCCCCACUCACAUGGGACCCAUGAAACUACGCUUAUUCCAUCGACCCUCCCUAAAGAAGUACUCAUUUGGAGCUCUUUCCCAGCCUGGCCCGCACCCAGUCCAACCCCUACUCAAACACAUUAAGAAGAAGGCUAAGAUUCGAGAGCAGGAGCGCCAGGCCUCAGGCGGGGGGGACAUGUUCUUCAUGCGCACAGCACAGGAUCUGACAGGGAAAGACGGAGACCUGAUUUUAGCCGAAUAUAGUGAGGAGUACCCCCCACUUUUCAUGCAAGUUGGCAUGGCGACCAAAAUCAAGAACUAUUACAAAAGAAAACCAGGUAAAGAUCCUGGAGCACCUGACUGUAAAUAUGGAGAGACAGUUUAUUGUCACACAUCACCUUUUUUGGGAUCUUUGCACCCUGGACAAGUACUGCAGGCUUUUGAAAAUAACUUAUUCAGAGUGCCCAUCUACCUACAUAAGAUGCCCGAGACGGAUUUCCUGAUUAUCCGAACGCGGCAGGGCUAUUUCAUUCGAGAGCUUGUGGACAUAUUUGUUGUGGGGCAGGAAUGUCCUCUCUAUGAGGUGCCAGGGCCCAACUCUAAACGAGCCAACACUCACAUCCGAGACUUUCUCCAGGUGUUCAUCUAUCGCCUGUUCUGGAAGAGUAAAGAUCGUCCUCGGCGAAUUCGUAUGGAGGACAUUAAGAAGGCGUUUCCCUCUCAUUCCGAGAGCAGCAUCCGCAAACGCUUAAAACUCUGUGCUGACUUCAAACGCACAGGCAUGGACUCUAACUGGUGGGUCUUGAAGCCAGAUUUUCGGCUUCCCACGGAAGAGGAGAUCAGAGCAAUGGUCUCACCAGAGCAGUGCUGUGCAUACUACAGUAUGUUGGUGGCAGAACAGAGACUAAAGGAUGCUGGGUAUGGUGAGAAGUCAUUCUUUGCACCUGAGGAAGAGAAUGAGGAAGAGUUCCAGAUGAAAAUUGAUGAUGAGGUUCGAACUGCUCCAUGGAACACAACCCGUGCUUUUAUUGCAGCCAUGAAGGGCAAGUGUCUUCUCGAGGUCACAGGGGUUGCUGAUCCCACUGGCUGUGGAGAGGGAUUUUCAUAUGUUAAGAUUCCUAAUAAACCAACACAGCAGAAGGAUGAUCGAGAGCCACAACCAGUCAAGAAGACCGUAACAGGGACUGAUGCGGAUCUGCGACGUCUGUCACUCAAAAAUGCCAAACAGUUGCUCCGAAAGUUUGGGGUUCCUGAGGAAGAGAUAAAGAAACUUUCCCGAUGGGAAGUUAUCGACGUUGUAAGAACCAUGUCUACUGAACAGGCUCGUUCAGGUGAGGGGCCUAUGAGUAAAUUUGCUCGUGGUUCACGGUUCUCUGUAGCAGAGCAUCAAGAACGUUAUAAGGAGGAGUGCCAGAGGAUUUUCGACCUGCAGAACAAGGUGCUGGAGUCCACUGAGGUUUUGUCCACAGACACAGACAGCAGCUCCGCAGAGGACAGUGAUUUUGAGGAGAUGGGCAAGAACAUUGAGAACAUGCUGCAGAAUAAGAAGACCAGCUCUCAGCUGAGCAGAGAACGAGAGGAACAGGAGAGAAAAGAACUGCAGCGGAUGCUGAUGGGAGAAGAUAACGAUAGAGAGAGGGGACGAAAGGAACGACGCAAAGGAUCGAGCGCCCUCUCCACCAGCUCUCACAAAGACGAUGACGCUUCCUCUGUCACUAGCUUGAACUCUUCAGCAACAGGGCGAAGGCUGAAAAUUUAUCGCACUUUUCGUGAUGAAGACGGCAAAGAGUAUGUGCGCUGCGAGACCGUACGCAAACCUGCCGUCAUUGACGCUUAUUUACGCAUACGUAACACAAAAGAUGAAGAUUUCAUUCGUAAGUUUGCGCUGUUAGAUGAGCAGCACAGGGAGGAGAUGAGAAAAGAACGGCGAAGAAUCCAGGAGCAACUACGGCGUCUCAAGCGAAACCAAGAGAAGGACCGAUUUAAAGGGCCACCUGAGAAAAAGACCAAGAAGGCCAAAGAGCGACCAGACCUGAAGCUGAAAUGUGGAGCAUGUGGUGCGAUUGGCCAUAUGAGAACCAAUAAGUUUUGCCCGCUGUACUACCAAACCAAUGCCCCACCCUCAAAUCCAGUGGCCAUGACGGAGGAGCAGGAAGAGGAGUUGGAGAAGACGGUGAUCCACAAUGACAAUGAAGAGCUUAUUAAAGUGGAAGGCACUAAGAUCGUGCUUGGAAAGCAGCUCAUUGAGAGCGCUGAUGAGGUACGGAGAAAAUCUCUGGUUCUGAAGUUCCCCAAGCAGCAGCUUCCUCCCAAAAAGAAAAGACGUGUGGGGACAACCGUGCACUGUGAUUACCUCAAUCGUCCUCAUAAGUCAAUCCAUCGCCGAAGGACUGACCCAAUGGUCACGCUCUCCUCAGUCCUGGAGAGCAUCAUUAAUGACAUGAGAGACCUUCCUAAUACCUACCCCUUUCAUACUCCUGUGAAUGGCAAGGUGGUUAAGGAUUAUUAUAAGAUAAUCACACGGCCGAUGGAUCUGCAGACGUUACGUGAAAACGUUCGUAAACGCAUGUACCCGUCACGAGAAGAAUUCAGGGAGAGUGUCGAACUUAUCUUCAAAAACAGUUCUACGUACAAUGGUGUAAAACAUCCUUUAACCCUUGUCGCUCAGAUGAUGCUGACCCUUUGUGAUGAGAAACUGAAAGAGAAAGAGGAGCGAUUAGUUCGUUUGGAGAAAGCUAUUAAUCCUCUUCUGGAUGAUGAUGAUCAGGUUGCAUUCUCCUUCAUCCUGGACAACAUUGUAACUCAGAAGAUGAUGGCUGUCCCCGAUUCCUGGCCCUUUCAUCAUCCUGUUAAUAAGAAGUUUGUUCCAGAUUACUAUAAGGUCAUAAUCAAUCCUAUGGACCUGGACACCCUCCGCAAGAACAUCUCAAAGCACAAGUAUCAGAACCGGGAUGUCUUUCUUUUCGAUGUCAGCCUCAUUCACACCAACAGUGUCAAUUACAAUGGCCCUGACAGCCCAUAUACCAAAACAGCUCUGGAAAUUGUAAACGUCUGCAAGCAGACGUUAGCGGAGUAUGAUGAACACCUGACUCAACUGGAGAAGGAUAUCUCUACUGCUAAGGAAGCUGCUCUGGACGCCGCAGAUCUUGAGUGCUUAGAUCCUUUGACCCCUGGACCGUACACGCCACAGCCUGAUGUGUGUGAGAGCAGUGUGUCUGUGAGUUUGCAGGGAGAUUCUAGUCUGUUAGCCGAGGCUACGCUAAUCCCUCCCACCCCUGAGAAAAGAGGGGGGCAGGGUCGUCAUGGCAGAGGCAGGCUGGGUGAAGAGGAGUCUGAUGUAGACAUUGAAGGAUUUGAGGAAGAUGAUGAUAGGAAGCCUAAAACACCUGCUCCGGCAGAAGACGGCGAUUUGGAUGAUGAGGAUGAAGAAGAUGAUGAUGAGCUCCUCAUACGGCCACAGAGACAUAUGCAUGGGGAUGAAGAGGAUGAUGACGAUGAAGGCUCCAGCCGGCCAGCACAGGCCAGCGUUCUUUACCAGGAUCUGUUGAUGUCAGAUGCAGAUGAUGCCAGUGAUGAAGAGGGAGACAAUCCAUUCUCCUCCAUUCAACUGUCGGAGAGUGGCAGUGACAGUGAUGUUGAACUGGGUCUUCAGGAGAGCACCCGGAUUGGACUAGAACAGGAAGAAAGUAUGAUGUCAUAUGAGGGGGAGGGGCCUGAAGAAACGCACAUGGAAGACAGCAACGUCAGCUAUGGCAGCUAUGAUGAUGGAGACAGCCAAAUGCAAAGACCGGCGUCCAGCCCCGGGAUAGGAGAACAGGAUGGAGAAGAAGGGUACGGGAUAAGUGAAGAAGAAGAGGAGGAAGAGGAGGAUGAGCAGAGGAGAGGACCUAGUGUUCUUACACAGGCGCAGCUCAGCGAGGAUGAGGAAGACAGUGAAGAAUUCAGAUCUGUUGGAGGAGACAGUGACAUGGAUUCGGACAACUAAUUAUUUUCAUAUCAAACUGUGUUGGUGUUGUAAAUAAUUGUAUAUUUUGUAUUGUUCUGACGGUUGUUUUACAUGUUAUUUUUAUAUAUGUGCUUGAGCAUGUUUGAGGGUCUCAAACAGGUUCUGUAAUGAAUGUCACAAAUAAAUGCAGUUUAUCUGA